AGCUAGCUAAGCUAAAAUACUAAACCACACAUGAUGAUUUAGCUAAUGCUUUGGCUAGGGAGAAAAGCAGGUAGAUGCACCUUGAGGAUCACAGGGCUGUCCUUAGAUACUGGCUCACUGCUUGGCUUGUGCAGUAUCCCCUCUGUGCUCUUUCUUGUUGCAGAAACCUUCCUGCUUGUCAGCUGCUGCAUAUGGUUGCCAUGUAUUGUUUGCCUUCCUUCACUGCCUACAGUAUCUCUCAGCAUCCUGUCUGCCAUCUUCAACUUUCAGAGUCUUCUGACUGUAAUCUUGCUGCUCAUAUGUACCUGUGCCUAUAUCAGAUCCUUGGCUCCCAGCUUACUGGACAAAAAUAAAACUGGACUAUUGGGAAUAUUCUGGAAAUGCGCCAGGAUUGGUGAACGAAAGAGCCCCUACGUAGCUGUGUGCUGUGUGGUGAUGGCCUUCAGCAUUCUGUUUGUACAGUAGCAACUGGAGGUUGUCCUUUAGACCCUGCUACCAAACAACAAAGCAUGGAAGAAAUUCCAGCAGGAAAAAGUUGAGAAGCAUCGUCAACUGUCCUCCCACACGCUGGAUAGCCAGUCUCUUGGUGAUCAUAAUGUAAUUAAAUUCAGUAUGAUAUGUAGAUAAUAAUGUCACAUCAGUAUUGACACUGCUGAUGUAACUGUUAAAAAGAUGUCUGUUGUGUCUUGGAGUUCCACAAGAAUAUAUUUUGUACCAUGCAAUUGAAAAGGCUUUCAAUGUUUUUGUUUGAUAAACCUGUUUAAUUAAAUUUAACAAUUAUACAUCUGGCAAUAGAACCACUCUCAUGAGAAAGAAGAACAUUAUAGAAUAUGUUUAAUGAGUAUUUUCAGUUCCUAAUGUCUAAACAAUUCCUAUGAUAUUGUGAUAGGUGUGAUCACAUGCUUAAAAUAGAUCUCUUAAAUGUUUAAGUCACAUUCAGCUUUCAUUUUCUAAUCUUGUAGUUUCUUAAUCUAUCAAUAUUUCUGUUGUUAAGAUAAAACAUAAAUAAGGAUGGGGAUCAUAAUAGUAGUGAUGUCUGACUAUGCUGAGAAUACACAACUGUAGGAUUUGAAAACCAGGACUAUUCUGUAAAUAUAUUUAUAUAUAUAUCUCUUCAGAGAUCAAGCUCACAGGUAAAUCAUUCCCUAAUGUUUUUCGGGGUUUUUUUGUUUGUUCGGUUUUUGUUUGUUUGUUUGUUUUUCCCCCCAAAAGAUUGUAGUGGCUCUACUACUGUUCUUGAGGCAUUUAAUACAAGGUUGUUAAAUCAGCUGAGGGAAUAGUUAGCUACUCAGUAGUCCGGAGAUAUGAAAGUUGUAUGUCCCAAUGUUCUAAAGGUUAAAAAAAAGAAAUAAGAAAAAAAAGACAAAAAUUACACUCACUAUUAAUAAAAAUGAGAGAAACCUCAUUAUUAUUUGCCAUUAGUUUUCAUUCUAGUUUUUCAAGCGUCUAGGAAUUUAGUAAAUUAUUUCAAUAGUGCCUAAGAAGUGUAUUUAUACCAGCUAGCUAUACAACUUCAUAAUGACUGCGUUUGAGAGAGUUAUCUGUCAGCAGUAUUUCGGGUUGUUCUGAAAAGGUAUGUGAUCAGAAUGAGCUUAGCCAGCAAUAAAACAAUCUGAACGGUA